AUGUGGUAUUGUUCAUAUAUUUUCAUUUAUAAUUAUUUGAUUUUAUUAUUUAUUUCUUUAAUAAAAUCAAAACAAAUACCAUUAAUUGGACUUUUUACACGAGAUAAUCAAGAAAAUAAUAAUUAUUCAUCAUCAUCCUUAAUUAUUGAUUAUGCAAUACAACAUUUAAAAACAAUAAAAAGUCUUCAUACUGAACUUACUAUACAACGUCAUGAACAAGAUAUUCCAUGUGAUAUGGCUAUUGGAACAAAACUGAUUUUCGAUAUGAUACAUCGAAGUCCAAGACCAUUAGCUAUAUUUAGUGGUUCAUGUCAAACAGUAGCAUCAGCUAUUGCUGAAACAGCUGGAAUAUAUGAUAUGACUAUAGUAAUCUAUUCUGAAACAAGUUCACUUUUUACUGCUAGAGAAAAAUAUCCAUCAUUGAUACGUACUGUACCAGGUGAUUCUCAACAUAAUAUAGCUCGAAAACUAUUAUUGAGAAAAUAUAAUUGGCGUCGAUUUGGAAUAUUAUAUCAAUAUGAACGACAGUAUACUAUGCCUGUAACACGAUUCAAUGAUCUUUUACAAGAUGAAACUGGUUGGGAGAAUGCUCUAUCAAGAGGUAUAUCAUUUAAUGAUCUAGAUGAAACACAAGGUAAUCGAACAAGAAAUUCAUUAAAAGAUACAUUCGAUGAAUUACAGCGAAAUAACAUUCGAAUAAUUCUUGGUAAUUUCAAUUCGACAAUGGCUAUUCGAAUAUUUUGUGAAGCAUUUCGUUAUCAUUUAUUUGGUUCACGUUUUCAAUGGAUUAUUGUCGGUUAUUAUGAACCAGAAUGGUGGUUAAAUAAUCCCGGUCCUUGUAAUACAUCAGAAAUUUUAUAUGCAUUAAAUGGUACACUUCAAACUCGUGUUGCUAAAUUAGGUUAUUAUGUUAAUACACGAACAAUAGCUGAUUUAACACCAGAUCAAUUUAAUUUUGAUUUAUCAAUACUUAAAACAUCAAAUUAUUUUGUUGGUUAUGCAUUUGAUGCUAUUCUAACAUUAACAUCUGCAUUUGAAAAAUUAAAAGAUUGUCCAGAUGAAUUUCAUAUUGAUUCUGUAUGGCGUCAAUCAUGUUGGCGUCAUGAAUUAAUUAAUAUAAUUAAAGCAACUGAUAUUGAAGGUGUUACAGGACGUAUACGUUUCAAUAAUGGUGAUCGUAUUGGUGAAAUUGUUAUUGAACAAAUUUUAGUUUAUCAUAGUUACAAAUCAACAGUAGUUGAUAUUGUUCAAUUAUUUGUUGCAUUACCAACAAAUCAAUCAAAAUAUAUUCUUUUACCAGCAAGAAAUGAACGAAAUAUAACUUGGCAUGGUCAUGGACCACCUAAUGAUCGUAUAAGACGUAUUGAACUUGAUCAACGAAUUUCUAUAUUAACAUAUGCAAUAAUGGCUAGUAUUAGUGGUAUAGGAAUUUUUUUAGCAAUAGGAUUUUUUGUAUUUAAUAUUAUUUUUCGUACACAUAGAUUUAUUAGAAUGUCAAGUCCACAAAUAAAUAAUUUAAUUAUAGCUGGUUGUAUUCUUUCAUAUACAAGUGUUCUUUUAAUGGGUAUUGAUUCGACUUUAUUAGGAAAAAGAAGUUCAGAAUCAGCAAUGAAUUUCAUUUGUGCAGCUCGUGUUUGGACUUUAUCAAUUGGUUUUACUAUAUCAUUUGGAGCUAUACUUAGUAAAACAUGGCGUGUUCAUACGAUAUUUACCAAAAUUCAUGCAUCAAAACGAGCAAUUAAAGAUUAUCGUUUAUUUAUUUUUGUUGGAAUACUUUUUGCUAUUGAUACAGUUCUAUUAACAUCAUGGCAAAUUGUUGAUCCAUUAAAAGUUUUUAAAGAUAUUAGUCAAACACAAACUAAAGAUGAAGAUGUUGUUAUUUUAUGGAUUUAUGAAGAAUGUCGAUCUAAUCGUCGACCAAUAUGGAUUACAAUGUUAUCGAUUUAUAAAGGUGUUUUGAUGGUUGCUGGAUCACGUUUUGCAUGGGCAACACGAAAUGUUCGUAUAACGGCAUUAAAUGAUUCGGCUUAUGUUGGUAUGAGUCUUUACAAUGUUGUUCUAUUAAGUAUAACAACAGCUGUUGUUGGUUAUUUUUUACGUGAUCAACAUGAACGUUCUUAUAUAAUAACAUCUGUAUUUAUUUUACUUUGUGUUACAAUAACAUUGUGUCUUGUAUUUGUACCAAAAGUUCUUGAAGUAGCAAAAGAUCCACGUUCAAAGGCUAAGCCACAACAUGCUAUUAUUACAAGUACAAGACGUCGUUUAUCAAGAGAUAAACGAUGUGUUAAACAACAACCAAAAUUAUCCAUAAAAAGUUUAACAAGUCAAAAUGAAAUGUUACGAUUAAAUGCAACAAGGUGCGAUGAAUUAAUAAAUAGACUCUCAUCUGCAAUAGCAGAUCCACAUUAUAAAGCAUAUCGAUAUGAAAUAUAUAUACACAUUAAUCAACCAGCUCGAAGUUCAAAAUCAUCAUUUGAUGCACAAUUCUAUCGUGGACGAUGUCCUGAUUAUUUUUAUCAAAUAGGUGAUGAAUGUUUAUAUUUUGGUACUGAUGGUAAAAAGUAUUCGUGGUAUCAAACACAAAAUAUAUGUGCAAUACGAAUAGCUCGUUUAUUAGAGCACCAAGCAAAAUUUGUAAUUGGUGGAAUUAAUAUUAAACCAAAUAAAGGUGUACGACAAUUAAUAUUAAAUACACCAGAAAAAACAAAAAUUUUAGAAGCUCUUUAUCGAGAAUAUGAUGAAUUAAAUUUUGCUAUACGUCUUCCAUCGGAUUAUAAUACAUUACAACGAUGUCAUGAUGGAAAAGAAGAUAAUUGGCCACAAUAUUGUGUUAAUCUCGAUAGUUCUAAUGGUACAUGUUUUGAAACUAGUGGACUUGAUUCAAAUCAUAUAUGUUUACGUCACAUAGAUUGUGAUAUACGUUAUUUAAGAUUUGCAUGUGAAUUCACAUUACCAGGAAAUUCGGAAUUGAGUGCUUCAAAAUUUCGUAACUGUCCGAAAGGCCAUGGUCUUCGUCGUCGUUUACCAAUAUGGGCUUGGCUAUUGGUAGCUGUGGGUGCUAUGUUAUUACUUCUUCUUAUUCUUGGUGGUGUCUUAGCAUUUAUUCGUAAUUCAAAAAAAGAAUUACCUCAAACAAGAAAAUCAAUAUCAGAAACUCUUCGUACUGAUAAAGAAGCUAUUCAUAUCACAGGAAAUCGCGACGAACCAACUAUUGAACCGGUACUUGUUCGAUCUGCUCGGACUAGUAUAUCUAAUACUGACUAUCUAGAGCCACAACAAUUAAAACGUAUGAUUCCUCCAACAAUAAAAAUAAGAACAGCAUCAAUAGGACAAGAUAGUACUUCUCCAUCUGUUUAA